AUGUCCCAGGACAGCGGCAGCUCCCAGGCAGAGGACGUGAGGACGUGUGCUGGGGUGCACUCGCACACCCCAAGCCGGGGCAGCCGGCGCAUUGAGUGCAUUAUCUGCUACUCCUCCUACGCCCUGUGCGGCCGGCUGCCACGCCGGCUCUACUGCGGCCAUACCUUCUGCCAAGCCUGCCUGAAACGCCUCGACGCUGUCACCAACGAGCAGCGCUGGAUCCCCUGCCCGCAGUGCCGCCAAAACACGCCCACGCCGCGCGGUGGUGUCGUCAUGCUCGACCUUGACCUGGCCACCUUCCUUGCCAUCAAGGCUGACAAGGAGCAUCCCCGGGUGGCUGGCAGGUCCCAGCCCAACUCAGCCACCAAGGGCUCAUGCAAAGAGAAAGCAGUCACCCAGCAGCCGGUGGGGCUGUGCCAAGAUGUGGUGCCUCCAGCACCAUUCCCCCGACGUGGCUGCUGUCAGACGUGCCUGUGCUGUGGGGUGAUGGCAGCCUUCGAGAGCUGA